AUGAAAAUUUACAUUUUAUUGUUAGCAUUGGUGGCAACAUAGCAAAUGACUGUUGUCUUGUCCUUCUUACAAACUAACUAAGAGGAUGCUGUUAAUGUAGUUGAGAAUACAAAAGAAUUAAGCAAUGAGGAUGUUGAAGUCGAGGCAACAACUUUAGUGUCUUAGGAUGACAAUGCUUCUGUUACUUAAUUGUAGGAUUUAGAUGAUGUCCAAUUGAACACUGACAUUAACACUACUGAUGAAUCACAAUAAAUGUUAAAUCCAGAUGAUGAGACUCCAUAAAACAACAUUGAAGUUGUCUAAGAAUAAGAGUAAGAAAAUUAUGAUGAUCUUCAAUCAUAAGAUCAAGACUUUUCAGAAUAAUUGUAGGAGGUAGAAGACAACAAUUAUGAUUAAUCAGAAUAAAACAAUGAGUACACUGACGAUACUUAAAAUGAACAAGAUAUUGCUUAUGAUUAGGUUGAAGCUUAGGAUGAUGUUUAGCUUUAAUCCUAAACUGAUGAGCCUGCAGAAGUUCAAGAGUAAUAAGAAACUGAUUAAUAUACUGAUGAACCUCAAGUUGAAGUUCAAUAGGAGGCUGAUGUCUAUGAUUAAGAUGUCGACAAUUCAAGUGAUGUUGAAAUUCAAUAGGCUGAAAAUGAAGAUGUUUAUGCUGAUCCUGAAACAGACUCAGUCUAAUAAUCUGAAGUUUAAAACGAAGAAAUACAAUAACAAGAUACUGAAGCACAAGAUGUUGAAGUUGCAUUUGAGAAUGACUCUAAUGCAGAAGCAACAACUGAAUAAGAUGUCUAAUAAGAUAACCAAGAAAGUGAAAACUAUAUUGAUGAUGUCCCAUAAGCUUAACAAGAGGAUGUUCAACAAAAUGAAGUUGAUAAUUCAGAAUAAGAGAACAAUCUCUAAGAUCUUUCAGCCUAAGAAGAGACAAUUUAAUUCUAUGAUUCACCAUCAAACUAAAAUUUGGUCAAUUAAGAAAUUAAAUUGAUCCCUGAUGAAGAAUCAAAUAAUGCAGAGGCAUAAAUUGUUGAUGAACAAUAAGUUGUCGUCAUUGAAAAUUAGGCUUAAGAAGUGACUGAAGAAAAUAAUUCAGCCGAACCAGAAUCAAAUAAUAGCUAGGUUGAUGAGAAUAACUCAGCAGAACCAGAGUCUAAUAAUAGUUCUGAUCCAAAUGAUAUUAAUUUAGACAAUAAUGAUGCUUUAGUAAAUGAUGGUAAUGAUUGUGUCAUCAUUUACAACUAGUGCUAUUUCAAAGGUGAAUCAAUGAAAACAUGCGGAGAUCUUAGCUAAAUGAAAGAUUUCUAAUAUGAGAUCAGAUCUUUAUAAAUACCAUCUGGAACUACUUUGACAAUCUUUGAUCAUCCUAAUUUCGAAGGUUAGAAACAUGUGUUCUCUCAAAGUGAAUAAUGUUUGACAGACGCUGUUUUCUUUGCUCAAAUGGUCUUCAAAAGGGAAUAAAAGUUCCUUGGUAACUAUUUCUGAUAAAGAUCAAAAAUAUUACAUAAAUUAUGUUAACCAUUCUUUAA